AUGGCGGCGAUAGAAGAGCCGUCGAAUCUCCGCAACCGGCAACAUGCCGCCUCUGACGACGACGCCGAGAGCGAGAGGGCCGGGUCUACGUUCCCUGAUGCCACCGAGACAACGACGCUGCUCAACUCGGAGACGUCGUCUCGGACCCUCCGCAACGGGUCACCGGCCGGGAGCCGCCGAGAUCGGGGCUCGGACAACAACGACGACGAUAACGAUGACGAUGACGGGGCUAAGCAGUCCAUCAGUGCGACACGGGCUGCUGUCUUGAUGUUGAGCACCUGGAUUCUCAUUUUCCUUCAAGCAUCGAAUACGUCCGGCAUGACAAUGACGCAGUCUGUCGUCGCUGAGGACCUGAACGCCUACUCGCACGCAAUGUGGUUCACUAGCUCCUACCUCAUCAGCAUGGCCUCGCUGGCGCCCCUAUUCGGGCGCCUGGCCACCAUCUUCUCGCCCCGGAUCCUCGUGCUCUGGCUGGGCGGCUUCUUCGCCGUCGGCGGCGUUGUCACGUCGCAGGCGCCCUCGUUCUGGGUCUUUAUCGGCGGCAGGAUCCUGACGGGUAUGGGAGGCGCGGGGAUCAUGACGCUGUCCGUCAUUCUGGUGCUCGAGCUGGUGGGGAAGAAGAGACGGGGUGUAUUCGUCGGGUUGGUAAACGCGGGCUUCACGAUCGGGUUGUCCUUUGGCGCUGUUGUGUUUGGCGCAUUGUUGCCUGUUAUUGGAUGGAGAGCUCUUUUUGGUCUUCAAACACCCCUCGGACUUCUUGCUGGCAUAGGUGCUUUCUUGAGCAUCCCAAAAUCCUUCAGCUCAGAUCACAAGACCAGAGGCAAGUCGGUCCUCCAGAAGCUGGCUCAUAUUGACUAUGCAGGUGCUUUCAUGCUGGUUCUUACCAUUGUCCUCUUCCUCUACGGCCUUUCGGGCGACAUAAACCACCUAUCCCUACUCCUCUCGGCCGUUUCCCUUCUGGUCUUUAUCGUCACUGAAUUCAAGCUCGUCAGGGAACCCCUUAUCCCAAUCUCGGUCCUCUCCUCCAGGGGCGUCCUGCUCUCCUGCACUGCACAGCUGCUCUUCAUGUCCAUCCGUUGGACGCUGCUGUACUAUACCCCCAUCUUCGUCCUCGCCGUCCGCGGCUACGCGCCCGCCAUCGCGGGCUCCAUCCUCAUCCCCACCAACAUCGGCUUCGGCUCGGGUGGCCUGAUCGUCGGCUGGCUGCACGUCCGCCGCAACGGCGCCUUCUGGUCGCCCUCCGUUAUCAGCCUGACGUGCUUCGCGGCCGCUAUGUUCGGGCUCUCGCUCGUGGCCACCGAAGGCUCGCCGUUCUGGAUUUUUGUGCUGGCCGUCGUGCUCAACGGCCUGGCGACGGGCGCCACGUUGAACUACACCCUUGCGCAUCUCCUCCACCUCAGCCACCCGGACGAGCACUUCAUCGCGACGUCGCUCCUGGGCACCUUCCGCGGCUUUGGUGGCAGUUUCGGCACGGCCAUCGGCGGCGGCGUGUUUUACCGUCUCUUGCGCUCGGGUCUCAUCGCUAGCUUCACGGAGCUCGAUGGUGGGCGGCUGGCUGAAGGGAGGGAUGAGCUCAUCACGAAGCUCAUCGGGAGUCCCGCUCUGGUGUUUAACGGCGGGCUGAGUCCUGCCGAGCAUGAGAUCGCGGUGGAGCACUACGCCGGUGCGUCGAGGGGGACGUGGCAGGCUGCGGCGGCGUUGGCGGUCGUUGCGAUCUUGUGUCAGGCGAGUACGGGGUGGAGGAGCCCCGUUGGCGGGAAGGAGGUCGAUGAUGAGACGGAGGCGAGGGCCACGGUGAUGGAGAACGAGGGCGUCGGGGAGGCGUGA